GAACGUGCCUCAGUCCAUCAUAGGGUUUCUUUAGAUCGCGGCUUCCUCACGGGAUCAGGUCAUUUGUGAGGCAGAAUCAGGGAUCGAUUUCGUGGUGAUUCUUUUGAUAUCGUUCUCGGCGAGAUCAGCUAAGGUUUUGGCGCCAAGAUGUUCGGGAGGGCGCCGAAGAAGAGUGAUAACACCAAGUACUAUGAGAUCCUAGGGGUGCCGCAGACUGCAUCGCCGGAGGACCUCAAAAAGGCGUACCGGAAGGCCGCCAUAAAAAACCAUCCUGAUAAGGGUGGCGACCCAGAGAAGUUUAAAGAGUUGGCCCAGGCUUAUGAGGUUCUUAGUGACCCUGAGAAGCGUGAAAUCUAUGAUCAGUAUGGGGAAGACGCUCUCAAGGAGGGAAUGGGAGGGGGUGGCGGUGGCCACAGCCCAUUCGACAUCUUUGAGUCAUUCUUUGGAGGGAGCCCUUUUGGAGGAGGUGGAAGCAGCCGAGGAGGACGAAGGCAGAGGAGAGGAGAAGAUGUUAUCCAUCCCCUUAAGGUGUCCUUGGAAGAGCUGUACAAUGGAACAUCCAAAAAACUCUCUCUUUCUCGGAAUGCCAUCUGCCAAAAGUGCAAUGGGAAGGGUUCAAAGUCUGGUGCUUCGAUGAAGUGCUCGGGCUGUCAAGGUUCAGGCAUGAAGGUUUCAAUUCGGCAGUUAGGGCCUGGCAUGAUCCAGCAAAUGCAGCACCCUUGCAACGAGUGUAAGGGGACAGGGGAGACGAUUAAUGAGAAGGAUCGCUGUUCCAAAUGUAAAGGUGAGAAGGUUGUGCAGGAGAAGAAGGUACUGGAGGUUGUGGUUGAGAAGGGAAUGCAGAAUGGCCAGAAGAUUACCUUCCCAGGCGAGGCUGAUGAAGCACCUGAUACUGUGACCGGAGAUAUUGUGUUUGUCCUUCAAGAGAAGGAACACCCCAAGUUCAAGAGAAAGGGAGAUGAUCUCUUUUUUGAACACACACUGUCACUUACCGAAGCACUCUGUGGCUUCCAUUUUGUCCUGACACACUUGGAUAACAGGCAGUUGCUUAUCAAGUCACACCCUGGUGAAGUUGUGAAACCUGACCAAUUUAAGGCAAUAAACGACGAAGGAAUGCCCAUGUACCAGAGGCCCUUCAUGAAGGGGAAGCUCUACAUCCACUUCACUGUGGAAUUCCCUGAUUCACUGACACCCGAUCAAUGUAAAGCGCUCGAGGCAGUGCUCCCGCCGAAGCCUGUAUCGAAGAUGACUGACAUGGAACUUGAUGAGUGCGAGGAAACAACGUUACAUGAUGUUAAUAUUGAUGAAGAAAUGAGAAGGAAGCAAACUCAGGAAGCUUACGAUGAAGAUGAGGACGCCCAUGGAGGUGCCCAGAGAGUGCAGUGUGCGCAACAAUAAGUUCUCUACUGCAGCUUGCUAGUAGAUCUAAUCUUGUGUUUUCUGUUUGCUAUUUACUCAGUCGUGCAGGAGCUCCAGACUGUUUUAGAUAAACUUGCUCUUGAUGUCUUAGAUAAAUUUCCAUUACAUUACAUUAUUUGACCUACCUAUUUAACAAAUAAUGUUUUAUUUAAAAUAAUCAAGGAAAAACAGCACCGAACUUGAAAAUAA